AUGGCUGCAAGUGGUCGAGUGCGCAGGCCAGGCAGAUUAGCACCGCGUAUACAUUGUGGCUCAGCCGUCACCCGCGGCCAUGCCCUUGGGAACGGCUCUAACUCCCGUUCUCGUAGGUUUAGCCAGCCGGACCUGAUUGGCGUCUGUGCCCACGCACGGAUGAGGACGGAAAGCAAGGAAAAAGAAUUGGAAGCUGCAGGCCGAGUGGGUGGCCGUGGAUCACGACGAGUUGGCGACCGGUAUAUUGCGCAAUGCGCCACGACUGCGACUGGCAAGACGACGACGACGAAUGACCGGUGUGACUGGGACAGCAACGAGGCGGCGACGGUGUCAUUGGCACAGAGGGCAAUAUGGGCAGGCGACCAAUGGCGACGAGUCACCGCGGGCAGGCGCUGGGCUGGAUCGGGCAGCGGCAAGCAGGGCCCCAGGGAAGGCGGCUGUUCACGUUGGUGGCCACGGAGCCAGAGGGCAGGAGCGAGCCAGGACACGGGCAGUGGGCGCGAGCAGCGAGCAGCGAGGGAAGGAGCAUGGCAGAUUGAGGGACAGACCCUGUUGCUGCUGGCGUGUGGAGGGAGGGCGCGAGGCAGGAAGCCAGCCACUCCACCCACUCGAAACCGAAACGCGAGGGCAGGAGCGAGAUUGAGAUUGGAGGCCGCAGUGGGCCUGGUUGCUUUCGAGGGCUUGUUGGUGUGGCAUGGCAUGGUAAGGGCAGGACCUGCGGGCGGCAUGACAGUCAAAGAUGCAGGCCGCAGUGCCGCAGCGUUGCGAGAUCGUCGUUUGGACGGGCGUGCAUUCGUCAUGGGAGGGGGGGCCAGCGCAGACUAUCGAACGCCGGCCGUGCACUCGCACUCGCGGCUUUUGUCGACGUCGUCAGCCUGGCCGGGCUCUGGCACAUGGGCGCCGAGGGCCCAGACGACGCUAGAACACAAGCGGAAUAGCGACAAUCUCUCAGUCUUUGGGUGCUUUGGGCCUGGGGCGCGGCGCGGUCGUUUUCGGAGGGCGAGUGGGCCCGCGCGGUGGGCCGUGACGACUAUCGAGCGAGGCUUGGGACGGCGGGCAUAG